AUGCCUGGACUGUCAGAGCUCCAAGUUACACGUCAUACCAUUCUUAAACCGGCACAGUUUGUCACUCCAGAAGCAAGAUUCAGACACGUCCAUAUGGACAACGUGGGUCGGCUACCCGAUUGCGAGGGACACAAAUACAUCCUCACCAUCAUCGACCGUUUCUCCCGAUGGACAGAAGCUAUACCUCUUUGGAAUUUUGAGGCUGCCACCGUCUGUAGAGCUUUUUUCGGCGGGCGAGUCACUCGAUUCCGUUCCCCGAAAACACUCUCAACCGACCAAGGACGGAAAUUUGAAUACCGUCGCUCAGAGUCCUUACUUAAGCUAGUGGGUUGCCGUCGAAUUCGAAUCACACCGUACGAUCCGGCCUCAAAUGGCAUGAUAGAGCGCUUUCGUCGCGCAUUAAAGGCAGCAAUAAUGUGUCACGCCACGCGUGAGUGGAUGCUCAUGUUGUCAACGGUCAUGCUUGGUCUUAGAACGAGCGUUUUGGACUGCGGGUCAUCCUCAGCCGAAUAUCUUUACGGGACAACCCUCCGCAUACACGGUGAAUUCGUUAUUCCCGACGUUCGCACUCCUGAUGCUCAGGCAUUUUUGGACGAAUUUCGAGUUCACAUGAAAAGUGUCAAACCAAUACCAGUCGAUCACAGAUACAAGGAGGCAUGUUUCGUGCAAAAAUCUCUAGCCACCUGCUCACACGUUUUCCUACGCUUGAGUGCAGCCAGAAGGUCGCCCGACCCCCCAUAUUCGGGAACACAUCGGGUUUCCAAGAGAAUAGGAUAUCGCGUUAUAAAAAUCGACGUCGACGGAACAGGUCACCCACGCCCUCAGCACUACAUUCCUUUAAUCCUGCGAAAAUCUGCGAAGAAAAGACUGAACUUCAACAUAUAA